GGGGCCGGUUCCGCCGGAAGUGCAAGGUUGUGUUUCCGGGGUCAGGAUGGAGGCGCUGCGGAGGCUGCGGCGGUUCGAUGCUUAUCCCAAAACCCUGGAGGAUUUCCGAGUGAAAACCUGUGGAGGGGCCCUGGUGACGUUGGUCAGCAGUCUUAUCAUGUUGCUUCUGUUUUUCUCUGAACUCCAGUAUUAUCUUACAAAGGAGGUUCAUCCAGAGCUCUACGUCGAUACGUCACGAGGUGAAAAGCUAAAAAUCAAUAUUGACACCAUUUUCCCACACAUGCCCUGUGCUUAUCUAAGCAUCGAUGCGAUGGAUGUGGCUGGGGAGCAGCAGCUCGAUGUGGAGCACAAUCUCUUCAAAAAGAGACUGGACCUGGUUGGCAAUGUAGUCAGUCCAGAGGUGGAGAAGCACGAGUUGGGAAAACAGGAGGAGGUGUUCAAUUCCACAAAGCUGGACCCAGACCGAUGUGAGAGCUGUUAUGGGGCAGAAUCUGAGGACAUGAAAUGCUGCAACACGUGUGCUGAUGUACGUGAGGCCUACAGACGGAAAGGCUGGGCAUUUAAGAAUGUAGACACCAUUGAGCAAUGCAUGAGGGAAGGAUUCACUCAGAAGCUGCAGGAACAGAAGAACGAGGGCUGCCAGGUGUAUGGAUUCCUGGAGGUCAAUAAAGUGGCAGGGAAUUUCCAUUUUGCUCCUGGGAAAAGUUUUCAGCAGUCACAUGUCCAUGUCCAUGCUGUUGAGAUUCAUGACCUGCAAACUUUUGGAUUGGACAAUAUAAACAUGACUCAUUAUAUCAGACACCUCUCCUUUGGGAGCGACUAUCCAGGAAUCGUGAAUCCUCUGGAUGGAAGUAAUAUCACAGCACAACAAGCCUCUAUGAUGUUCCAGUACUUUGUGAAAAUUGUCCCAACAAUUUAUGUCAAGUUGGAUGGUGAGGUAGUGAGGACAAAUCAGUUUUCAGUCACACGGCAUGAGAAGGUUGCAAAUGGACUAAUUGGAGACCAGGGGCUCCCGGGUGUCUUUGUGCUUUAUGAGCUAUCUCCAAUGAUGGUCAAAUUCACAGAGAAACACAGAUCAUUCACACACUUUCUCACUGGAGUCUGUGCCAUUAUUGGAGGAGUAUUUACAGUGGCAAGCCUGAUUGAUUCAUUGAUCUAUCACUCUGCCCGUGCUAUACAGAAGAAGAUUGAGCUGGGAAAAGCUGCAUAGCACAAGGGGCUAGUAGCAAGUAAUUGAUGAGCCGAGUGCACACGCUGACUCUGGAUAUCUCUGUUUAAGAAGGGUCACUCAUGCAAAGCGUUGGAUAACCUGGGCCAGGUUUCAUUGAGGCCAUUACAGUUAGUUUGUUUACACUGAAAUAAUGCCUGACAUACACCUGAUUCUGAAGCUGGAUGUUUGUAAGGGAAUUUAAUUUAUAAAAUGUGGUGAGCAGGUU